AUGCCUUCGGAGACAUCCCAGGGCUGGUGGAGAGGAUCCAGGCAUCCUGGGAGAAGUCCGAUGCGCAGGGUGCGCUGGAGAUCCUGCUGGAGGUUGUCGAUUUGGGGCUGCGCGCUGCGGCGACAGUCGCCCCAACAGAGGAGCGCCGGCGGGCCCCGCCGGCGCACGGGGCGGCCCGCCGUGGGGCGGCGCCCACGGGCUCGCCCCCCAGCGGGGGCGGCUGCGAGCCUCGGCGGGCGCGCACGGCGAGGGGGAGCGCACGGCGCGCCCAGGAUCGCCAGAUUCAUCAACGCCAUUUCCGAGUUUGCGAAGGGAUUCGGCGGCGCGGUCUCGAGCUUCAGCAAGAAGAUGGACCUCCUCUCCUCGGGCGAUUCCUUGGCGCAGAUCGGCGACGGGGUGGGGCGCGACGGGUGGGACGGGGCCCACAUGAACAAGCUGCUGACCACCUCGGUGGGUCUUGUCACCACCUUGAUAUCCUCGCUCCUCGAGGAGCCCCCGGAUUUCCGCUAUGCCAUCGACUCGUUCAAGGUCCAGGGUUGGCAGCUGGCGAAGCUGAUCGUGCCCAGGACCGAGUGGCGGUCCCAGGCCUUCAAGAGUGCCAAGAGGGCCUGGGACGAGGUCUGGGCAGACGCCGCGGAUCUCACCGAACAGGCGCUCCGAGCCUGGAAUGACGGCAACGCGGACCAGAUGAUCGACGUGAUCGUGCAGGCCGUGGAGAAGGGCCUGCGCACCGCCGCCCACGUGGACACCUCCCGCGAGAGGGAGCUCACGGCCGUGGCAGACCUGAUCAACGGCGUCUCGGGGAGCUGCAUGAAGCUUGCCCACGAGAUCGGGUGGCUGGGCGAUUGA